CUUUUCACAGGAGGCAGAUUUAUUCCCAAUAAGAUCAUUUUUCCAACCCAAGUCAAGAGUGUUAACCACUACCACCACCAGAGGAAACUUGCGUACCACUGGUGGUACUUGUACCACAGUUUUGAGAACCAUGGCACUAGCUAAAGAAGAAUAACCAAAAACCAAAUAUUCAUUGACAACUAUAAUGGGUUUAUGUACAUGUGGUUAUUUGUAACAGUGCAACACAAGAAGACUCAUUACUGCAUUUGAUACCACUUGGUGAUUGGCUUUGCAGUUUAUUUGUUUACAUAGUUAAUACACAAGAUGAUGGAGGAUAAUGGAAAGAUCAUAUUACUUACGGUUUAUUGAUCCUCAACUGACAGCCCGCGGGCCGAAUCUGGCCGCCCCAAAGCUUUUAAUCCAGCCCUUGACUUAAUUCCAAAGCAUAGAACAAACACUAACAACAACAGCCAGGAUGACUUCAUUCAUUCAUUCAUUCAUAGAAUAAAUGUUAUCCUUGUGAAUGCUGCCGUCACAAAGCAAUGAACAAUGUUGAUUUGACUUUGUUUAUAUUCAAAAGAAUUAGGACAAACUUGCCGCACUUGUCUAACGCUUAUUGUUUUACGCGUCUGGGCUGCAGGAGCAUCAACAACAAGCUUCAAACUAACAGACUUCUCAGUCCAAAAAACAAGCCUAAGAAAAUGUAAAUAUCAAAACUACAAUAGGAAUGUUGGCCCUGGUUCGGAUGAAUCCUGGUGAAAGACAUUCGUAGAUUAGACACAACACUAAAACCAGAUAAUGUUGCUGCAUGAAAUACAUGUUUGUGACAAUGAAACAGAGACUUUUUUGCAGCAGCAGCAUUUGAUUCAACCUUGAGCGAGGUAUGGCCUCCAUCAUGCCACUUCUGUGUGUGUGUGUGUGUGUGUGUAAAACUAAGUGUGCAGUGUCCCCCUCGAGUUUGUGAAGUGCUGAGCCUCUCAACUGGAGGGUUAUUCAGUUUUUUAAUGAGAUGGAGGUGAGUGAGGAGCUGGCCAUCCUUCAUAGAGGGAGAUAUUUGCAGCUCAUUUCUCUUUUAUCAUGUCUUCUUUCUUUCUUUCUUUCUUUCUAAAUUUAGCCACAGAGAGUUAGACAGCACCUUGAGAAGUCUAUUUGCAGACUAAUGAUUUUUCUUUCUCUGUUUUUUGGUUUGGCUUAAAAAAACAAAAAGUUGGAUUGACACCACAUGCGAGUGCAGCUCCGCGGGGAACAAGAGAGUAGAUGAGUCACACAGAGGGGGAGACCUAGUAUGAAAAAGUUGGAUGCAGGAUUUUGCCAUUUUUAUCAAUGCACUUUUCACUUUUGCAACUCUCUCUAUCUCUCUCUCGCGCGCGCGCCUAUAGCGCCUAUAUGUUUCAUUGGUAAAGUUCGUUAUUCUGGACGCGAACAAACGCCACAUGAUACGUCGUCAGGUUUGUGAAAGGAAAAGCGAAAUACACCCAGCGUUGGUUCUUAUUUGCACUCAGCAGCAGCAGCAGCAGAGGAGGAGGAGGUGGAGGAGGAGGAGGAGAGUGGCAGGAUUCCUCCUCACCUCUUGUUUGUAAACUACAUUUCUGAGGAGACGCGGCUGCGAAUCUGACACGGAGGGCAACGCAUGCUGUGUGCUAUACUUUCAUUUAAAUUCAGUAGCUGACAGAGUCACUGGAGCGUCACUGUGCUGCCGGUGCUUGUGGACACUCGGGCAUUCUGUGUGUGGGCUCAUUGCACGCAGUGAAGCUGCUGCUGCUGCUUCUUCCUCUGCUGCUGCUGCUGCUUCUUCUUCCUCUGCUGCUGCUGCUGUCGCAGGCACAAGUUGGAGAGCGCACAGACUCACACACAGACACAGCGAGAGAGAGAGAGAGAGAGAGAGAGACAGAGGGGAGUUAGUGAGACUUGGCCAGGGUGAGCAACACUUUCAGGACCACGGACAGAUCCUUGGGAGACAUGCUCCACGUGAGCAACAUCUGGACUCACCUGUGUCUGUGAACACGGUCGCGCGGCGCACAACCGGACCAAGAGAGACAUCUGCGCUUCAACCAGGAAAUAUCAGACAUGCUGUUCCCAGUGAGAGAAGACUUGAAAGCGAUCUGCCCCGAGACUCUGUGAGCCUCUGCUCCUCUCUGCUCCCACCAUCUGAACCCGUCUACCUGAUCCCGCCAUGCUGAGUGUUGUGCUCCGCCCCGGGUCGUUGGCCAAAGCUGCCAAUUACUGGCCGCUCCACGUGCUCCUGCUGGAGCUGCUGAUACAAGGAGUCCUGCCCAGCAUGUCCAGAUUACCCCCCACAGCCAAACGUGAGAUCCUCAUGGACGGAGACCUGGUGAUUGGUGGCCUCUUCCCCGUGCACCACAAAGGCGACGGGACAGAGGACUGUGGCAAGAUCAACGAGGAGAGGGGAAUCCAGAGGCUGGAGGCCAUGCUGCUGGCGCUCGAUGAGAUUAACGCCAGCAAUCGCAUCCUCCCCGGACUCCAGCUGGGGGCGCACAUUCUUGACACCUGCUCGAAGGACACGUACGCUCUGGAGCAGUCGCUAGAUUUUGUCAGGGCCUCGCUCACCAAGGUGCACGAUCCGGGCUUCAUCUGUCCCGACGGCUCCAGACCGAUCCAAAACGAGGUUCCGCUCGCCAUCUCUGGUGUCAUCGGAGGCUCCUACAGUGAUGUCUCCAUUCAGGUUGCCAACCUUCUGCGACUGUUCCAGAUCCCGCAGAUCAGUUACGCCUCCACCAGCGCAAAGCUCAGCGACAAAACCCGCUACGACUACUUUGCCCGCACUGUGCCGCCUGAUUUCUACCAGGCCAAGGCCAUGGCUGAGAUCCUGCGUUACUUCAACUGGACGUACGUCUCCACCGUGGCUUCAGAGGGAGACUACGGGGAGACCGGGAUUGACGCUUUUCAGCAGGAGGCGCGCACUCGCCAAAUCUGCAUCGCCACCUCCGCCAAGGUGAGCCGCUCGAUGAACCGCCAGGGCUACGAGAACGUGAUCCGCUCCCUGCAGCAGAAGUCCAACGCCAAGGUCGUGAUCCUGUUCACUCGUAGCGAAGACGCUCGCGAGCUGCUGGUGGCCGCCGCUCGCAUGAAUGUCACCUUCACCUGGGUGGCCAGUGAUGGAUGGGGAGCACAGGAGAGCGUGGUGAGAGGCAGCGAGAGCGCAGCAGAUGGCGCGUUCACUAUUGAACUGGCCUCGUACACAAUCAGAGAGUUCGAAGACUACUUCACCAAACUGAACCCGUACACCAACACAAGGAACCCGUGGUUCAAGGAGUUUUGGGAGCACAAGUUCGGCUGCAGCCUCCAGGAACACGGCUGCAGUGAGCGAAGCCUCCGUGACGGAACCUUUGAGCAGGAGUCCAAAAUCAUGUUUGUGGUGAAUGCCGUCUAUGCCAUGGCCUAUUCACUGCACAACAUGAGGCAAGCUGUGUGCUCCAACACGUCCAAGGUGUGUGAAGCCAUGAAACCAGGUAACGGCAAAAGGUUCUACAAGGAGUUCAUCCUCAAGACCAGAUUUGAAGCUCCUUUCAGACCUGCAGACACGGAGAACAUGGUGCGCUUCAACUCAGUCGGUGACAGCAUCAGCCGCUACAACAUCUUUCACUACCACAAAGAGGACGGCAAGUUCACCUACAGGAAGGUUGGCUACUGGGAGCAGAACCUGACCCUGAACACCACCCUGGUGCCCUGGCGUGGCCUCGCGCCGCCCACGUCCCAGUGCAGCGACCCGUGCAGGAAGAACGAAAUAAAGAGCAUGCAACCUGGGGAUGUGUGCUGCUGGAUCUGCAUCCCCUGUCAGCCUUACCAGUACCUGCUGGACGAGUUCACCUGCGCUGACUGCAGCUUUGGUCAGUGGCCUUUGGGCAACCUGACCGGCUGCUAUGAUCUGCCCGAAGAGUACAUCCGCUGGGAGGAUGCCUGGGCCAUCGGGCCUGUGACCAUCUCCUGCCUCGGCAUACUGUGCACCCUGUCAGUCGUGGGCCUGUUCUUCAAGAACAACGAGACACCGGUGGUGAAGGCGAGUGGACGGGAACUCUCCUACAUCCUGCUGCUGGGUGUUCUCAUGUGCUACAGCAUGACUUUCAUCUACAUCACCAAGCCUUCGACCGCUGUGUGCACGUUACGCCGACUGGGCCUGGGCACCUCGUUCGCCGUGUGCUACUCCGCUCUGCUCACCAAGACCAACCGCAUCGCUCGCAUCUUCAGUGGCGUGAAGGACGGGGCUCAGCGGCCGCGCUUCAUCAGCCCGGCCUCGCAGGUGGCAAUCUGCGGCGCCCUGAUCUCCUGCCAGCUACUCGUCGCCAUCAUCUGGUUGCUGGUGGAGGUGCCCGGCGUUCGGAAGGAGGUGGGCCCGGAGAGGAGGAACGUGGUCACGCUCAAGUGUAACAGCAGGGACUCCAGCAUGCUCAUGUCACUCACCUACAACUGCAUCCUCAUCAUCCUCUGCACGGUCUACGCCUUCAAGACACGGAAGUGCCCCGAGAACUUCAACGAGGCCAAGUUCAUUGGAUUCACCAUGUACACCACCUGCAUCAUCUGGCUGGCGUUUCAGCCCAUCUUCUAUGUCACGGCCAGCGACUACAGGGUGCAGACCACCACCAUGUGUAUUUCCGUCAGCCUGAGCGGCUCGGUGGUUCUCGGCUGCCUCUUUGCCCCGAAGAUCCACAUCAUCCUGUUCCAGCCCCAGAAAAACGUGGCCACACUCAGGGUGACGACGAACCGCUUCAGCGCCACGGUGUCCACGUCUGCCUCCGCCCCCAGCUCCAGCUACUCCAAAGGAUCGGCCUCCAACUACGUGCCAGCAGUCUGCAACGGCCGUGAGGUGGUGGACUCUACGACAUCCUCUUUGUGAAAUAAAAAAAACAACCCCAAAAAAUAAUAAUAAUAAAAAAAAGAAAAGUUCCUCUAUAAGCACAAAGGAGACCAUCCCACCAUCAGUCAUCAAACAGGACCGUGAACAACGGAAGCCCCUCAUGUCAUCCAACAUGCUGCGGAGAGAUAACUCUGUGUGCGGGCUCGUCUGACCGUCAGUGGCCAAGGUAACUGAACUGUGAAAGCUAAAGGAUGUUCCCACAGCGAGCAGUAUGUAUCAAAUGUAAAGCCUUUUUUCUAUAGAUCUCUUUUUUGGUUUUACAGAUUACAGUAGAUGUGACGAUUAAAUGCACCGUGCCUUGUCUGGGGAAAAAAGAAAAAGAAAAGUGUUGUCGUCGUCAAAUGGGUUGUGUUGUGUUCUAAGCGAUAGUGUUAACGCUGUUCUUAUCUCAUCCUUAGUGCUGUGAAUAUAUAACCAAAUGUUCAAGACUGGGAAUUAAAUAAUACAUUUAGCCCUUUCUGUUAAAAAGAAGAAAAAAAAAAAAGUACGGGACUAAACGUAGUGAACGUGAUAAAGACAUAUGACCACUAGAACAUAUAAGGGGACGUGUGUCGACGUGUAGCUCGGUGUCAUAGUGAGUGCUCUCUUGUAAUUUAUGUAAAUACAAUGUUUGUUUUCAUAUUAAAAGUUAAAACCUCACGUUGUCCGACCUCAAAGAUUUUCUUGUGUUUGCAGUAAUUCAGAGAAAUGAGCUCUUCACACACCCUCCCUCUCCAAAAACCUAAAUUAUGUUCCAAUAUUCAUUCGUCCUUUCAUUUAUUUAACUUUCACGACUGUUUAUCAAAAUUGUAUGAGAUAAAAGGGACAAAAAGCUGAACAUGGAAGGUUUGCAUGGACUCUUUUUAAAAAAAGAAAUAAAAAAUACCAGUGCAGCAUGAUUUAUAACUCAGCUCUACUAUUGUGACGUGUGUUUGUUGUUCGGAUAUCAAAGCUAUACUGUAACUAGCACUACUAACUCAACUAGUUAAACGCUGUGCAGUUGUACGACAACCGUGUGUAUUAAAAUAUUCCAAAUCUUGUACUCCAA